GUCGAUUUGAGACGCACCCAGAUGCAUGCUGGGAAAGUGACGGCUGUUUUAUUUACCAGCUUCUAGCUAGCUUAUAUUAUUAUAUGGCAGUCAUAAAGUGACGUUUAAAAGAAUUAUUGCUUUUUUAAAAAAUAAUGUUUACACUACAAAAACGGAUCUAAGUAAACGGAUAAACAAGGAUUGUUUAAUGAUAAAGAAUGGCGGAGGCAGAAGUGAUCAGCAAUGCCACCAGCACGGAGGAGAUGAACGGGGCUGGGAACCUGAUGGACUUCCUUGAUGAACCUAUUCCUGAUGUUGGCACAUAUGAAGAUUUCCACACCAUCGACUGGCUCAGGGAGAAAUCCAGAGACACUGACCGCCACAGGAAGAUUCGAAACAAGCGGAAGGAAUCUAUCUGGGAGCUUGUAAAGAGCCUGCUGGAUGCCUGGUCAGGAUGGGUGGUCAUGCUGCUUAUCGGACUACUAUCAGGCACUUUGGCUGGAGUCAUAGACCUUGCUGUGGACUGGAUGACAGACCUUAAGGAGGGAGUUUGUCUGUCUGCAUUCUGGUACAGCCAUGAGCAGUGCUGCUGGACAUCCAAUGAGACUACAUUUGCCGACAGGGACAAAUGUCCUCAGUGGCAGAAAUGGGCUGAGUUGAUGACAGGACACACUGAGGGUGCUGGAGUAUAUGUGUUAAAUUACUUCCUGUAUGUGCUAUGGGCACUGUUCUUCUCCUUUCUGGCUGUGUCUUUGGUACGAGUUUUUGCUCCCUAUGCCUGUGGAUCAGGAAUUCCAGAGAUUAAGACAAUCCUAAGUGGGUUCAUAAUCCGGGGUUACCUGGGGAAGUGGACCCUGCUGAUUAAGACAGUCACUCUGGUGUUGGCCGUGUCGUCUGGUCUGAGUCUGGGAAAGGAAGGACCGCUGGUGCACGUGGCCUGCUGCUGUGGGAACCUCUUCUGCAGCCUUUUCUCCAAAUACAGCAAGAACGAAGGCAAACGUAGAGAGGUUUUAUCGGCUGCUGCGGCUGCUGGAGUAUCUGUGGCGUUUGGUGCUCCAAUAGGUGGCGUGCUUUUCAGCUUAGAAGAGGUUAGUUAUUACUUCCCACUUAAGACACUGUGGCGCUCGUUCUUUGCUGCACUGGUUGCUGCCUUCACGCUGCGCUCCAUCAACCCAUUCGGCAACAACCGUCUGGUGCUAUUCUACGUGGAAUAUCACACACCGUGGUACAUGGCGGAACUAGUUCCCUUCAUCUUGCUUGGAGUAUUUGGGGGCCUCUGGGGCACCCUGUUUAUCCGGGGUAACAUUGCCUGGUGUCGCCGCAGGAAGACCACUCGUCUCGGCAAGUACCCUGUCUUGGAGGUAAUUGUGGUGACGGGCAUUACAGCCAUCUUGGCUUUCCCCAACCCGUACACACGUCGCAGCACCAGUGAGCUAAUCUCAGAGUUGUUUAAUGACUGUGGUGCUCUCGAGUCCUCCCAACUAUGUGAUUACAUCAAUAACCCCAAUAUGAGUCGUCCCGAGGAUGACAUACCAGACAGACCGGCCGGGCCAGGGGUGUACACCGCUCUCUGGCAGUUGGCGUUAGCAUUAAUCUUUAAGAUAGUCAUCACCAUCUUUACUUUUGGCAUGAAGAUCCCGUCAGGGUUGUUCAUCCCCAGUAUGGCGGUUGGAGCUAUUGCUGGACGGAUAGUGGGCAUUGCAGUGGAGCAGAUGGCCUACCACCACCACGAAUGGAUCAUCUUCAAGAACUGGUGUCGCCCUGGUGCAGACUGUGUCACCCCUGGGCUGUAUGCCAUGGUGGGCGCCGCAGCCUGUCUUGGUGGAGUCACUCGGAUGACAGUGUCUCUGGUGGUCAUCAUGUUCGAGCUGACCGGCGGGUUAGAGUACAUUGUCCCUCUAAUGGCCGCCGCUGUUACAAGUAAGUGGGUGGCGGAUGCGUUCAGUAAAGAGGGGAUUUAUGAGGCACACAUCCGUCUGAAUGGUUACCCGUACCUGGAUCAGGACGAGUUCACCCACCGCACACUGGCCACCGAUGUGAUGCGACCGCGCAGGAACGAGCCGCCACUCUCCGUCCUCACGCAGGACUCCACCACAGUGGAGGACGUCGAGAUGCUCAUCAAAGAGACGGACUAUAACGGUUUCCCUGUGGUCGUCUCGCGUGAGUCCGAGAGACUCAUUGGUUUUGUCCAGCGCAGGGAUCUGACCCUGGCUAUCAAGACUGCACGUCAGAAGCAGGAUGGCGUGGUGAGUAACUCAGUGGUGUACUUCACCGAGGACGCACCACAGCUGCCAGCCUCAAACCCUCAGCCCCUGAAGCUGAGGCGCAUCCUGAACCUGAGUCCUUUUACUGUCACUGACCACACACCUAUGGAGACUGUGGUUGACAUCUUCCGCAAGCUCGGCCUUCGCCAGUGCCUUGUCACUCGCAGCGGGCGGUUACUCGGCAUCAUCACUAAGAAAGAUGUGCUACGACACAUGGCCCAAAUGAUGAACCAGGACCCUGAGUCGAUCAUGUUCAACUAAAAAAGCCUAUCUCCGUCUUUGACCUUUCACCUAGUUAGGCCAGUGACCUCAUGAACCUUACAGUCUGUAAAUAGUGCAACACUACUGUAACUGCAAGUAUUUAAUCGUGUAGAAAUGUAAUAUCAAACCUUUGUGUUUUGGGCCAAAAAAGUUCAGAAUCUGAAAUGAAGACCUUGGAUGAUGUGCAUGGCAACAUUUAGAGGUGAUUUCAUCAAUAAUCAGGUACCAUUAUGUUCACAUAAGUAUUCAAAACCCAGCCUGUUGUGAGUGACAGUCGGACUUCUGUAAAACAGUCAGAUAAAAUAUGAUCUGACAGUAGAAGGCAUUAAUAUGCUUCCAGCUCCCCUGAUUAGCAUUUUCUGUUAUUAUCGGCUCAGUAACAAAAAUCUCCAUUGCCUCACUAAGCUGUUGUGCAUCGAGUGCAAAAAAGGUCAAGUGUUUUAAGUCACUGUAACUUGUGUUGAUCUAACUGCUGCUGCCAUACUCCUUUUUUUAACUUAAAUCAUUAGGCAUUGUUGUUGUAAUUUAUAAAAUUUUCCUUAUUAUAAAGGACUAGACGAACUAAAAUAACACGUACAUAAACGGGAACUUUAAUCAGUUCGCUCUGGAGGUACUUUAUUUCAUGCAGGCUAUAAUUACAGGAUUAAAGGUAAGAUACUGAUUAUAUUAUACGAUUAGCUCUUACAUUCUAGGGAUUCGAAAUAUUUAUUAUUAUUAUUUUAAUGUGAAUAUUUAUUUAGACCUGAUACAAAAUGUCAGAUGUGCUACAUUUUUUGCGAUUGUUGUACAUUUUUAUGAUUUAUUUUUAUGUGCACUUUCUGCGGUUGCUCAAUACUAAAACAAAAUGGCAGAGCAGUAUUAAAUGGCACGAGCCUUUUUGUUUUAAUUGGCAGCUACAUGCACUUAUGAAUUAUCUGGAAAAACCUGGAAAAGGGAAUCUGCAAUUUUAAUUUCAGCUUAUGAUUAUUAAAUGAUUUAAUCAA